AAAAAACAAGAUUGAAACUAGUAACUACUACUUUGGUUCACACGCAUCUGCUAUUGUUUGUAAACAAACAUGAGUUCUGGUGAUUGUUAUCAUCCUGCUCUGUUACCUUUGUCCUGGUUGUUUGGAAAAUGGGAAUCUACUGAAGCCGAAGUUUCGUACCCUACUAUGAGUGCAGUAAAGUAUAAAGAAGUAUUAGAAAUUCAACCAUCUGAAAAACCUAUAAUCCAAUACCAAUCAAAUACAUGGCACCUGGAGAAAAAGCACAAGAUGCAUUCCGAGAUGGGAUUUUUUCGAAUCAGACCGGGAACUAAGGAAGUGGCAUUAAUUGCUUCUCAUAAUUUUGGUGUUGCGGAAGUAUCUGAAGGUGAAAUUGAAGAAAACUUCCUCAGAUUGGAAAGUAAAUCUCUAUCACGCAUGUCAUUCACCGAAUCGGCCUCCGUCGUAAAGAUUGUCAGGGAAUGGUCUUUGAAAUCAGGAAUUUUGAACUUUGUUUUGCUGAUGGAGACGUCCAAACACCCUCUACAGACCCAUUUGGUGUGCAGCUAUUGUCGGAUAUGAAAACGAAAACGUGCUGCAUUUUGUGUUGAAUUUUGACGCAUUGUUUGGUCAUUUGUAUUCUGCAUGAAUUUCACGUUUAACA